AUGCAGGUCUUCCCGACCAAGCAGCGGAUAAAGGUGGCCAUUCUGGCUGUGGUCAUUGCAGUUGUCUUCACCAUGGGCGGACUGGUCCAGCUCGUGGAGGAGAGCGGCUCUGUUGGGUCGGGCACUUCAGAGCGUUGGGAAAAUUCGCCAUCGGGCGCAGGUGCGGCUGCUGGUGCUGCUAUGGCAGGCGGUGGUGACUUGGCACCGGGUUCAUCACCGCCGCCGCCGCCAUCACCGCCUCCGGAGACCUGCGAGCACAUCACGCGGCACGAAGACGAGUGUGGGUAUGUGCACAACGCGUGCGAUCCGGGCGAUGGGUACAUCGACUACCUCUCGGUCUACUUUUGCGACUUUGGUCACUUGCGGCCGCUGGCGAUUGCGCUCUUCCUCGGAUGGCUGCUGUUCCUCUUCAUCUUUCUCGGCGUCUCGGCCGACGACUACCUCUGUCCUGCGCUCAAGGUGGUGUCUGACGCCAUGCGGCUUUCGGACAACGUGGCCGGCGUCACGCUCCUUGCGCUUGCCAACGGCGCGCCGGACAUCUCGUCAGCGUAUGUUGCGCUGCAGCGCGAGUCGACGGCAAACAUUGCGUUUGGUGCGCUCUCGGGCGCUGGCCUGUUUGUCACGACGGUGGUGAUGGCUGCGGUGGCGUUUGCCGGCACAUUCUCGGUCACCCGGCGGCCGUUUCUCCGCGACAUUGUGACGUAUCUGGUGGCUGCGGCGUGGUUCUUUGCCAUGCUUGCCAAUGGCAAGGUCCACCUUUGGGAGUCGAUCGGCUUUGUGGCGCUGUAUGGAGUGUACGUGGUAGUGGUUGUUCUCGGCCGCAUGGUGUACGUCAUGCACAAGCGGUCCCGCAAGACGGUGCUCAGCUCGCUGCUGGUGGUGCCGACGGCGGCGGCGCUCGGUGCGUCGCUGCAGCAGCCGCUGGUGGAGGCGACGGCCGAGGCCGGCGACUCGGCGACCAAGUCGCGAAUGCUCCACGACGAGGCCGAGCGCAUCGCGGCGGGUACCCAGCGGCCGCGCGACGUCAAGGCCCUUAUGUCGUCCCACAAUCCGCACUCGGUCCGGUACGCGGCGCAGCUGGCCGAGGCCGGCCAUCAUCCUGUUGCUCCCGCGCCAAGCAAGACCAAAGCUGCCGCUGCCCAGAGUAGCGAUCCGUCGGCGUCGCUGCUCGUCGAGACGUUCAUCAAUGCCGGCGGGAGCGACGACGACGACGAAGUGGAGGAGGGGGUGUGGAUGGCGAAGAGUGGGUCGCGGUCGAUGCUCGGCUCACUGAUCGAGGCGUGGCGCGAGGCCGGAUGGCUCGGGCGGCUGGUCUCGCUCGGCUCGCUGACGGCGCACCUGCUGCUGCGGCUGACGGUGCCGAUGGUGGACGACGGCGAGUGGUCGUUCUGGGGCUGCGUGGUGACGCCGACGACUGCGCUUGUGCUCGCGGUGGUGGCGUUUGGCGGGUUGCCUGCGAUGCAGGCGACCGUCGGCCCAGUCCCGCUCCUUGUCGUUGUCGGUUGCGGCGGGCUGGUGUGUUCGGCAGUUGUGUUCUGGGCACAGCGGCGGCAUUGCGGCGAGCCGGUUGCACGACCGUUCUUUGCCUUUCUUGCCUUUGUGGCGGCUGUCUCGUGGAUCUCGAUCAUUGCCAACGAGCUUGUGGACUUGCUUGCAGCGUUUGGCACCAUUGUCGGCAUCUCUGACGCGAUGCUCGGCAUCUCGGUCCUGGCGUGGGGCAACUCGCUCGGCGACCUGGUUGCCGACUACGCGGUGGCCAAGGGCGGAAUGGGCCAGAUGGCGGUCGGCGCCAUUCUCGCCUCGCCGCUUCUCAAUCUGCUCAUCGGUGUUGGCUUUUCUCUCACGGUCACCAUCACCCGGACGGGCGAGCCGUUCCACGUCUCGCUCAACGGGUCUGUGGCAACGGCGGUCAUCGGGCUCAUGGUCUCGCUCGCCUCGUCGGCACUAUUUAUCCCGCUCAACCGAUUCACGGUUGUCCCCAAGUACGGCUUCUACCUAGUGGCGGUCUACGUCGCCGCCUUUACGGGCGCGGUGGUGUUUGAGUUUGAGUGAGCGGCCGUACUGGCUAGCCUAGCAAGCUGGCUGGCAAGCAAGCUGUGCAUCGAUGUCGUUGCUGGCUUUACCACUUGGCGGCGAGGUCCUUGCGCUCGACAAGCGACUUGAGGACAAACAUGCCGAGCGGGAGGGCGACCAUGGUAAGCAUGAGGCCGCCGUACUGGAAGGCGUCGCCGAGGAGGUCAAACUCGCCGGAAGGGGCGACGCGGGUAAAGAAGACGUCGGGCGA